AAGGGUCUAAAUUUUGAUAUUGGAGGUUUUAUUAGGGGCAAAAAAAAAUGAAAUUUCCCAACCAGAAAACCUGAAACCCGUUCCUAAUUCAACUUGCUCCUACUAUACCUAUAAUCAUUCCUUCCAAAAUUAGUAUAGGCAAUCUUGGCCUCCUUCCAAGGCUCUGUUCGGACUUCGGAGCAAUUCAAUUUAUCAGACCUAAACCUUGUUCUUCUCCUAUUCACUUUCUUAUUCCUCAAUCCACCAUUGCUUUUCUUUCCAACUCUCUCACCAACCUUAGCUCGUUCUAAAGUACCCUUGUUCCAAUUUGAACUAUUCUCACAGUUUUCACUCAAUUUCUUCACUGAAAAUCUCUUACCGGACUGGACCCAUCUUCCAAAUCGUUUAAGCUCUUAGCCCCAUCAUCCAAUUCUUCGAUAAGGUUUCAAAUUUACAAUUGGUAGUUUCUGAAGUGAUUGAAGGUUUCAACGACAAAGAACAACUGUAAGUAAAACCAUGAGAAAGCUAAGUUUCCACGAGAAAAAGUUACUGAAGAAAGUCAAUUUUUUGGAAUGGAAGAGCGAAGGAGGCCACAGAGAGUCUCAUGUUAUGCAGCGCUAUCAUGUUACUGGUCGUGACGAUUAUAAGAAGUAUUCGGGUUUGUGUCGAAUGGUGCAUAAAUUGGUGAACAUAUUGAUGAAGAUGGAUGGAAAAGACCCUUUUCGUAUUCAGAUGACUGAUAUGCUCUUGGAGAAGAUGUACAACAUUGGUGUGAUACCAUCUAGGCAAAGCUUGGCUUUGUGUGAGCGCUUAACAGUCUCUGCUUUCUGCAGACGUAGGCUUUCGACUAUUCUGGUACGGUUGAAGUUUGCUGAGCACUUGAAGGAAGCAGUCACAUACAUUGAGCAGGGGCAUAUACGAGUCGGUCCAGACACUAUCACUGAUCCAGCAUUCCUUGUGACAAGGAAUUUGGAAGACUUCAUUACAUGGGUGGAUUCAUCUAAGAUAAGGAGAAAGGUGCUUGAAUACAAUGACAAGUUCGAUGACUACGAUGCAAUGAACUGAAGAUAGCACCUGCGGCUAUAAUAUAACAUGUCAAAAAAAUGACUUGUGGAGCCAGAUUAGGCGUAGCGACCCCAUUUAGCUUCACCGGGCAUGGAGUUUUAAAGAAGCAGAUGAACUUCCAUUCUGAAAUUUCUCAAUCGCAUCAAGUUCAUUUGCAUUCCCUUCCCUAGAACAUGGUUUUGGGGAAGUUACUAUUAAAGAGAAUGUUGUGGGAAUUGUUCUGCAGUUUUGUUUUCCCACGUGCAUGUGUUUUUUUGACUGGUGCUGGAUAUUCUUACUAUUAAACUGAAAUUCUUUCAUAUAUAUAUGUAAGCAUUGAGUUUUUCAAAGAAUUUGUUUCAAGAACUGCCUUAUCAUGAUUCAUAAUGGUUCUGCAAUAAAAUUUGCACGAAGUCUCGAAA